AUGGCCGAUAGCGCCAAGCCAGCCGCCCCCGCUGAAGCCGCUGAAGUCGCUGCCCCCUCGGCUGCCUCGACAGAGAAGCAGUCCGAGCCCCUCGCACCGCAGUCCACCGACUUCACCGACUCCACCGACUCCACCGACUCCGCCAGGCAGGGCCUCGAGGCCACCACCGAACAGAAGCACAUCGACCAUGUACUCGCCCGCACCCCUGGACCCGCCCUGGACGACAACGAGACCCAGGAGCCAAUGCCCCCCGUGGCACCCCAGCCUGCCGUGGGCGUCGAGAGCCUCCCCACAGAAGCAUCGCAGAAGGCGUCUGAUGCCGUGCCCAUCACCAACACCAGCCCCAGCUCCGUGCCUACCCUGGGCCACAGUCCCUCGCCUGCCGGCCCUGCUACCGGCUCCUCUGCCUGGCCCGAGACCGCCGCCGACCACCCCUUGACCCUCUUCUUCGAAGCCUUGGACGACCUCGUCCACCAGUCCGGCCACGACGACGUCUACGGCGUCAAGCUCUCCCGGUCCAACGAGUUCCACACCAAGCUCAUCCUGCAGAAGUUCCUGCGCGCAAACGCAAACGACCUCGACAAGGCGAAGCAGCAGCUGUUGGACACGCUCAAGUGGAGGAAGGACUUCGACCCCACAAAGGCCGCGCGCGAGACCUUGGACAGGUCCAAGUUCCAUGGCCUGGGCUACAUCAUCGAGGUCGACGGUGUGCCCGAGAGCAAGAACAAAACGGACGUGGUGACGUUCAACAUCUACGGAGCCGUCAAGGACAACAAGGCCACCUUUGGCGACCUCGAUGCCUUCCUCCGAUGGCGCGUCGGCCUCAUGGAAAGGUCCAUCCAGAAGCUGAACCUGUCCUCGGCCACAGCGCCCAUCCCCAACUUCGGCGAAGGCCCGGACCCUUACCAGGGCUUCCAGGUCCACGACUACCUGCACGUUUCCUUCCUGCGCCAAGAUCCCCUCGUCAAGGCUGCCACCAAGAAGACGAUUGAAGUGCUCGGCCGCUACUACCCGGAGACGCUGUCGCGCAAAUUCUUCGUCAACGUGCCUGUCGUCAUGGGCUGGCUGUUCAACGCCACCAAGCUGUUCAUCGCCAAGGAGACGGUCAAGAAGUUCACCGUCCUCAGCUACGGCAACCAGUUGGCCAACGAGCUGGGCCAGGGCAUCCCCACAGAGUACGGUGGCACGCAGGGUCCGCUCAACGAGGUUGGCGAGGGCAUGCAGUUGGCAGCCUAG